GGGCGGUGAGUGAAGGGAGUGAUGCUGGGAUGGAGCUGAGCACUGUGCGGAGUUUCCAUCUGCGCGCCGGGAUGUGCGGGGAGAGCACCCUGCCUUCGCGGCUCCUGCUGCCCCCGCUGCUGCUGCGGCUGCCCCUGCUGCUGCUGCUGCUACUGCUGCUGGCCCCGGCGAUGCCCUCCUCCUCCUCCCCCUACUCCUACGCGGUGCCCUCCGACAGCGAGGUGUGCCCGGAGAGCAAGGUGCUGUCGGUGGAGUAUCCGUGUGUGCGCGCCAACGGGGAGCGGACUACGUGCAUCAGGAAGCGAUGCUGCAAAGGGUACCGCUUUGUGCUGGGACAGUGUCUACCUGAAGAUGUGGACGUGUGUGCGGGCUCGCCCUGCGAGCAGCUCUGCACCGACCACUUUGGGCGCGAGCUCUGCGCGUGCCACGCGGGGUACCGCCUCGAGCGCCGCCGCGCGCGCGACCGCCCCUACUGCCUGGACGUGGACGAGUGCGCGCGCCAGGGUGACGGCACCUCGCGCUGCUCUCACGGCUGCCGCAACUCGCCCGGCAGCUACGAGUGCACGUGCCCAGAGGGCUGGCGACUCGCCGGGGACAAACACUCGUGCCGGAGGGUGCCCCCGCCCCCCCCUCGGGGUGGGGCGCGUGGGGGUCUGUUGGCCGUGGCCGCGUGUCCGCUGUCGUGCGACGACGACGACUCCCAGCACGUGCGCGCCACAGGAAAUGACAUCACGGUGAAGAGCGGACAGCGGGCGCACGAGAAGCCCCCGGGACAGAUCGGGCCCCCCGGUCCGCCCGGGCCCCUGGGGCCCCUGGGGCCCCCCGGUCUGCCCGGUCCGCUCGGGCCCCCGGGGCCACCCGGGCCCUUGGGGCCCCCCGGUCCGCUCGGGCCCCCCGGUCUCCCCGGCGAGGAAGGGGCACUGGGAGGAGUCGGACCCCCGGGCGCUGAGGGCCCCCCAGGGCCCCGCGGCCUCAUGGGGCCCCCAGGGCAGGAUCCCGACCUGUCGCACGUCAAACGAGGCCGGAGGGGGCCGAUGGGUCACACUGGGCCUCCAGGUAUGCAAGGCCUCAAGGGAGAGCGCGGAUCGCCAGGUCCUCGCGGAGUUCCCGGCCCCCCGGGCUCGUUCGACUUCCUGCUGCUGCUCGUGGCCGACCUGCGCCACGACAUCGCCGAGCUCCAGCGCCGCGUGCUCGGCCACGCCGCGGGGGGGGGCGCCUCGCCCGAGCGCCCCUCCCCCGCGGCCCCCCCCACGGGGCCCCCCUCCCCCGAGCCCCCUGCGGCCCCCCCCACGGGGCCCCCCGCGGUGCCGCCGCAGGAGGGGGGCGGCUCCGGGCAGGACGAGGAGGAGGAGGAGGACGAGGAGGGGGAGUUGUGGCGCGGGGAGGAGGGUGGCCCCCCACAACGAAACCAACGGGGCGAGCCCCCCACUCUGGCUUCGUGA